AUGCCAAAGCAAGGAAAGUGUCCGAGGAGAAGAAUCGAAGUCCUUAUGAAGCAGUUUGAAGGCGAGUCCCUCACUACGGAUGGAGUCGUACUGACUUGCAAGCUGUGCGAGAAGGUUGUCAACUCGGAAAAAAAAUAUUUCGUCCAACAGCACCUCAAUAGUAACAGCCACAGAGAGAGGAAGCAAAGAUCGGCGAAGGAGAAUCAGAACAUCUGCCUGCUGUCCAACUUUGUAAAAUUGUCGAACAAGGAAAGCAGUUUCCACAUGGAUCUAUGCCAGAUGUUAGUUGAAUCGAAUAUCCCUUUGUAUAAAGUGCAGGAUUCGUCGUUCAGGACGUUUAUGCAGAAGUAUUGCAAGAUCCCCACACCCGAUCAUACGAAGCUCCGAAAAACUUACCUUAAGAAGCUCUACGAUGCUACUGUACAAAGAAUUCGCGAAGCUGUGGGUGAGAAACGCAUAUGGGUGUCGGUCGACGAGACGACAGAUGUCAAAGGGCAAUACGUUGUGAAUACGAUCGUAGGUGCUCUGAGCCCCGAGGAGCCCUCAACUCCGUGGUUGAUAGGGUCCGAAAUCGUGGAACGCACGAAUCACGCGAGUAUAGCUCAAGCCUUCUGUAACUCCCUCAGCCUAUUGUGGCCUGGUGGGAUCAAACACGACAAAGUUCUUCUCUUCGUCUCGGAUGCAGCCCCUUACAUGAAGAAGGCUGGGGCGGGUUUGAAAGUCCUGUUCCCUAAAAUGAUUCACUUAACGUGUCUUGCUCACGCAAUCCAUCGAGUGUGCGAGGAAAUCAGAGUAUCCUUUCCCGAAGUCGAUUGCUUAAUCGCAAACGUGAAAAAAGUCUUUCUGAAAGCACCGUCCCGUGUUCGCGUGUUCAGAGAAAGUGCUCCCGAUGUAGCCCUGCCGCCUGAACCAAUUGUGACCCGAUGGGGCACAUGGAUCUCCGCAGCCAUGUACUACGCGGCGAACUUGGAGGAUAUCAAGCGUGUGCUGGAACAGCUCGAUGGAAACGAAGCCGCGGCUAUCGGGAAGUCGCAAGACCUUGUUUCCGACCCCGUUCUGAAAUGCCGUUUGACCUUCAUUGCUUCAAACUUCGCGACAUUGCCAGACUCUAUCACGAAACUCGAAAGUACCAAACAGCUGCUUGGUACAACGAUACGAGUCGUAGAAGAACUCCGACAGCACAUAGAUUCAGCCAAGGGACCCAUUGCGACUUCGAUCCAGAACAAAUUCCAACGGGUGAUCCGCCUCAACGCCGGAUACGAUGUUCUACGAAAAAUCCAGGAUACACUCCAGGGUGGGACGUUACAUGCCGAACUCUCGGAGUAUUCAGCUUCAGAGCUUUUAGAUUUCAAAUACGCUCCUAUAGCCAGUGUGGACGUAGAGCGCUCGUUCUCCCGAUAUAAGGCUCUCUUAUCCGACAGAAGAUAUAGUUUAACGCCCGAAAAUUUGAAAUACCACAUCAUUCCGAUGUGCAAUGCCUUUGUGACAGAAUAA